AUGGCUGGACUCACAUCAAAAAGCAGACCAUUGAGCCUUCGUUCCACAUCGAAGACGUCGCUCACAGCCAUAUUCCCUCGCCGGGCAUUCCAGAUCUUUCGAGAUGUCGCUCCUCUCCGCGCCCAUCGCCGCGAUCUUCUCCUCAAAGACCAGUCCGUCGGCCUCGUGCCCACCAUGGGAGCUCUCCACCGAGGCCACCUCUCCCUCGUUCGAGCCGCAGCCGCCGAGAACAGCAAAGUCUUGGUGUCUGUAUAUGUCAAUCCCACUCAGUUUGGCAUAAACGAGGACUUGGACAGCUAUCCCAAGACAUGGGACACCGAUCUCCAACAACUCAGAGAGCUAGACCGCGAGCUGGAGAAAGAGGGCAGGGGAAGGAUAGAAGCGAUAUUCGCACCGACGACAAGGACGAUGUAUCCUACACUUCCGCCAGACUCACGAGUGGAUGGGGUAGGAUCGUUCGUGACCAUUACACCGUUGGCGAAUCUGCUGGAAGGAAAGAGCAGGCCCGUUUUCUUUCGAGGUGUCGCGACAAUCUGCAUGAAACUCUUCAAUAUCGUGGAGGCAGAGAGAGUAUAUUUCGGACAGAAGGAUGUUCAGCAGACGGUGAUCAUCAAGCGCAUGGUACAAGACUUCCACGUGAAUACCGAAGUCCGCAUCAUUCCCACGGAGCGAGAGGCAGAUGGUCUUGCCAUGAGCAGCAGGAAUGUCUAUCUGGGUGAUCGGAGACGAAAGGCAGGGCUUGUGUUGUCGAAAGCACUGAGGGCAGCGGAGAAAGCGUACAAUAUGGGCAGGAGGAACAGAGACGAGAUCUUGGCUUCCAGCUGGGACGUUUGCAACCGUAUGAGCUUGGAGCAAGAUUUGUUGGACAAGAAUGAGCGGGCGCUUUUCGAAGUGGACUACAUCAGUCUGGCGGAUCCUGAUACGUUGGAGGAGGUGGAGAGCGUUCAUGCGAGUAAAGGCGCUGUGUUGAGUGGUGCUGUCAAGAUGCUGCCUCUCGAAGAGGUCGGAGAGGGAGAGAUGCUAGGGAUGGGGGAAGAUAGGGUGCCUGUCAGGCUGAUUGACAACAUUCCGCUGCCGCCGCAGGCACUCUGA